AUGGACUUUGAAGUUGCCUGCACCGAUGGCUUCGAGACUGUCGGUAAGAAAAUUCCGGAGAGAACGACGCCCAUCCACGCUGGCAAGCAUGAUAUCACCACCGGAAGUAGUACCUAUGACCUAGCAACGGGGCUGCAAUACGGAGUUGCCACGGGUUCCAAGCAACUAGUCAAGUUUAUGACGGAACACAUCCAGCUCAUCCACAGCCCCCCUUACCGCAAUUGGCAGACUAUACUCAGCGCUGGAAACACCUCCGCUUUUGAGAUUGUCCUGCGCAUGCUUGGUCAGACCGGCGAGCACCUGCUUGUCGAGCAGUACACCUACACGACUGUGUUCGAGACCGGCCUUCCACUUGGUUUCAAGUUCGCUCAGAUCCGCAUGGACAAAGAUGGCCUUCUUCCCGAAGACCUUGAUCAUGUCCUUUCAACCUGGGAUGAGGCCGCUCGCGGUGGCAAAAAGCCCCGUCUGUUGUAUACCAUUCCAACAGGCCAAAACCCUGCAGGGAUGACUCAACCUCUCCCUCGUCGACAGGCUAUCUACCGUGUUGCUCAGAAGCAUGAUAUAUUCAUCGUUGAAGAUGAUCCGUACUACUUCAUUCAAAUGCCGGUCUACCAACCAGGGGCCACUACGACCACCACCCUCGUUACCUCAGUGGAGGAGUACGCGAAGACUCUGGUCCCCAGCUACCUCCGUCUAGACACAGACGGUCGUGUUCUUCGAAUGGACUCUUUCUCGAAAAUCAUCGCACCAGGCGCGCGAAUGGGUUGGGUUACUGCCUCGGACCAGGUCAUUGAACGGAUGCUCCGCGCGCACGAGGUCUCCGUGCAGAAUCCAAGUGGAUUCUCACAGGUUGCCAUCUUCAAAUUAUUGAAUGAUAGCUGGGGGCAUUUGGGACUCAUCAAGUGGCUGGCCCACUUGAGGGGCGAGUAUACCAAGCGACGAGAUGCGUUGUUGGAGGCAUAUGAUACUUUCUUGCCUCGUGAGAUUGUCAGCUGGGUUCCUCCUACCAGUGGUUUCUUUGCUUGGAUUUCUAUUGAUUGGAAGCAGCAUUCUGAGGCGGACGUCAAAUCUACCCUGCAGAUUGAGACAGAGAUAUAUGAUGCGGCUACUAAGCGUGGAGCACUGAUUGUGCCGGGAAGUUGGUUCUUGCCUGAUCAGGGUAAGGGAGGUAUGGAAGGGGUGUUCUUUCGUAUGACCUAUGCAUCUUCAUCAUUUGAAGAUAUGAGGGAGGCAAUUGAGCGAGUGGGAAAAGCGCUGCGGGUGAUUUUCCAGUCAGAGACGGCUGGAAUGGUGGAGUCGCGGCUGUGA